GAGAAGUGCGCGACGGAGGGAGACGCAGCCGUGAACGGCGGGACGCGCGCUCCAGUUACACAGACGUCUGCCGCCGCGGCUCUCUCCUGGUGCAGGUGUGGACCUUGCCCUAACCCUGUGUUGGAGUGUGUCUACUGAUGAAGUGUUUCAACCAAAGCGAAGAAGCCUGAUGAAGUUCGGUUCUCUUCAACAAUGAAUCAACCUUCUGUUGAUCAAAAGGUGACCGUCAUCUCACCUAUCAUGAUGGAACUGGAUGCGUCAAGCCCCACAGGCCUUCCACAUCUUGACAAUCACAGCUGUAGUGGUCAUUGCAGUAACGGUUCAGCGAGGCUCACCCCCACCGUGUCUCCAUAUCAGCACGUUCACCGAUCCCUGAUAGGCGUCUCACUGGGGUUCCUCUCCAUCCUCACUGUCCUCAUGAACCUGCUGGUGCUUUAUGCUGUUAAGAAGGAGAGAAGCCUGCACACAGUGGGGAACCUGUACAUCGUCAGCCUGUCUCUGGCUGACUUGAUGGUGGGUUCGACUGUGAUGCCUCUCAACCUGGUGUAUCUAUUAGACGACCAAUGGACGCUGGGAAGGGCUGUCUGCCAGUUUUGGCUCAUUAUGGACUACGUGGCAAGCACCGCCUCCAUUUUUAGCCUCUUCAUUCUGUGUCUGGACCGGUAUCGCUCCGUCAAACAGCCGCUGAAGUAUCUGAAACAUCGAACACGUCGAAAGGCCAGUGCCAUGAUAUCUGGAGCAUGGCUGCUUUCUAUGAUGUGGAUCGUUCCUAUUCUUGGGUGGCGGUCCUUCACUCAUGUGGACCUCAAGCCAGAAGAGGAAAACCAGUGUGACACAGACUUCCGCUUUGUCACUUGGUUUAAAGUCACAACAGCAGUAUUCAAUUUCUAUGUUCCUUCAAUUUUAAUGUUGUGGUUCUAUUCCUACAUCUAUUUGGCAGUGAGGCAACAUCUUCGGGACAGAGAGAGAAUCAUACACCCCAGUGAUUCCUUUGGGGAAAACAAAAGGGAAGAAAUGGCAGAUGAUAGAAAUGCGUCCCACUCACCCAGACAGAGCUGUCAGCUCCCACUGGAGCAUCUGCUCGACCAGAACACUCUAGACCCGGCAGAUUUCCUUCACGAUGUUGAAAAAAAGAAAAGUGAACUGAAGAAAUUCUCUGUGGGAGCAAGGCGAGAUGCUGAAGUUCAACCACAGGAGCAUCAAGAAGCCGGUGCAGAAGAUGCUGGUAAAAAUAAACCUCAGCAGUGUUUACGCGACAAAACAACGGGAGAUGUUUGUGACGUCACUCAAAUAUCUGACAUGCAGACGUACCCAUCUGUGCUGCCGGACAACUUUGACAGGCCAGAGGAAACAGAGCAGGACACAGCCAACAAGGUGACUCUGAGGCUGACGUGGCAAACGUUCGUCCAACAGUCACGUCUGCGGAUCCAAAGUCUGAGAAUCCACAAGGAGCACAAGGCUGCCAAACAGUUGGGCUUCAUCAUUGCUGCUUUCUUGCUGUGCUGGAUCCCCUACUUCAUCGCCUUCAUGGUCAUGGCAGUCUGCCCAAAGUGUGUGCACCGUGACCUCCACAUGUUCACUAUCUGGCUCGGGUACAUCAACUCCACCCUCAACCCCUUCAUAUACCCGCUGUGCAAUAGGAACUUCAAAAGAGUCUUCAAAAACAUUCUACACAUAGCAUUGUGACUGGCGACUUCUGUCUGUGUUGAAAACGCCAGCCAAUUCCAAUAAUGAUCUCUUGUUCGGGGGAAAGUAAAUCAAUCAAAUCACUUGUUGAGUUUGUGCCUGUGCGACUGCUCUUCUUCUAUGAAACACAAAAUGUAUGCUCUGACAACGUCCACUCGCUCAGUAAAAGAGGGACGUACUCAAUUAAGAAAAAGGAGCGAGUCAUGUGUUCCAAGU